AUGGCGUUCAAGAAAAAAAAAGAUCCUAUAGUACAUCUCACUUCAGGGGCGAUAUCUGGCUUGUCUUCCUGCAUUUUGUUGCAGCCAUUUGACCUUGUCAAAACGCGUUUGCAACAGCAAAGACAGCAACAUUCAAAACUUUUAGUAUCCCCAAUGAAUAGUACUAUUGCUGAUACCGUUAAAGAAGUUAUUCGCAAAGAAACUGUAUUUGGAUUGUGGCGAGGAACCGUGCCUACCAUUAUUCGUAACGUUCCAGGUUCAGCGCUAUAUUUCCUCACCUUAUCCGAAAUUCGUUUUCUUCUUUCACAACGAAAUCAAUCAAAAUCAACUUUAAAAUCUUCAUCGUCGCUGCCAAUAUUAUCGGAUAAGGAAAAUUUAUUUGCUGGUAUGAUAGCCAGAGGAUCUGUUGGAUUUGUCAUGAUGCCAAUUACUAUAGUCAAAGUUAGAUAUGAGAGUAAUCUUUACAAUUACAAAAGUACUUGGGAGGCCUUAUCUUCAAUUAUUAAAAAUGAAGGAAUCAAAGGGAUGUUUUACGGAUCAGGCAUAACAGCUAUAAGAGAUGCACCCUAUGCCGGAUUAUAUGUCUUAUUUUAUGAACGUUGGAAAUUAUCUAUAUCUGCGAACACUUCAUCCAUUUCGCCGCCAAUUAUUCACAUGACUUCUGGUAAUUAUCUCACAUUUCAAAAUCGGUUGAGCGUGGUACACGCCUCUAUGAUUGCGGGCCUCUCUGCUACAACUGUGACUCAUCCAUUUGAUAUGCUAAAGACGCGUGUUCAAUUAAAACCACUCGAAUAUCCAAAUUUAUGGCGUGCUUCUCUGAAGAUAUUACGCGAGGAAGGUUUUCUUGGUUACUUUGAUGGACUGACUCUACGCUUAGGCAGGAAAUCAAUGCAAGCCGCGAUUAGUUGGACAAUGUAUGAGACAUUG